AUGUCAAGUGAUAGUUAUGUGAGGUUGAAGGAGAAGAUGAUCAGUGCAUCAGCCGGUUCAUUGGCUACAUCGUUAUUUCUCACGCCUAUGGAUGUGGUAAGGGUGCGAUUGCAACAGCAGGAAAUGCUUCCUGAGUGUUCGUGUGUUGGUGUUGAAGGUAGUAAAGUAAAUUUAUCGUCCGAGUCUGUGAAUGUGGGCAAGUUAUUUUGGCAAGAUGCAUGUUUCCAGGACAUACAAUGUAAAAAUACAAGUUUAAGGUUUAAUAAUACAUGGGAAGCAUUGCUGAAGAUAUCGAAAGUGGAAGGGCUGAAAACGCUUUGGACGGGGAUUUCUCUUACGUUGCUCAUGGCUAUUCCUGCUAAUGUGGUUUACUACUCUGGGUAUGAGACACUAAGGGACAAUUCGCCUCUCAGCCAAAGUUUUCCUAACUUAAACCCGUUAGUUUGUGGUGCUAUAAGUAGGAUUGUAGCAGCUACUUCUGUUGCACCAUUAGAACUAGCUAGGACAAGGUUGCAAAGCAUCCCACGAACGUCGAAGGAUGUCAGUACCUUGAAGGUGGUGAAAGACCUUGUCAAGGAGUUUAAAAAAGAGGUGUCCGUAUUAGGUUUGCGGGCUUUAUUCAGAGGGUUGGAAUUAACUCUAUGGAGAGAUGUUCCCUUCAGUGCUAUCUAUUGGGGAUCGUAUGAAUUUUACAAGAGCUCUAAUUUUCAAAAGCAUAUGAUGAUGAAUUCAGAGUCUACGUGGGAUUAUUUCCUCACUAGUCUUUUAGGUGGCGCUAUCAGUGGCGCUAUUGCUGCUUUGGUAACUCAUCCGUUUGAUUUAGGUAAAACCAGAAUGCAAAUAGCCAUUGUAAACUCCAGCAGUCGUAAUGCGAACACAUCUUCAUACAAUAAACCUUCCAGCGGUUUUUCUUCGCCUCAACACAGUAUGUUUGGUUUCCUAAACCACAUUAGAAAGACAGAAGGGGUUAAGGCGCUGUACACUGGGCUUUUGCCCAGAAUGAUGAAAAUUGCACCAAGUUGUGCAAUCAUGAUAUCCACUUAUGAAGUGUCAAAGAAAUUUUUUAGUUCUUGA